UAUUAUCCCCUGGUUGUACGACCCGGUUUAAUCAACCCGGGAACCCAACAAUACAAAAACCCUAGCUUUCCCUCUCUCAUUCUUUCUCUCAUCUCGUACACACGCACCACGCAGUUGGCGGUCGACUCAAUAGACGAAAUCGGCGAAAAUGAGCAAAGCUGCGGCGGCGGCGGGAGCUAAAGGUGGGAAGAAGAAGGGAGCGACCUUCGUGAUCGAUUGCACGAAGCCGGUGGAGGACAAGAUUAUGGAGAUUGCCUCGCUCGAGAAGUUUUUGCAGGAAAGAAUCAAGGUCGGCGGAAAAGCCGGCGCUCUCGGGGAUUCGGUCACCGUAACUCGUGAGAAAAGCAAGAUCACCGUCACUGCCGAUUCUGCUUUCUCCAAGAGGUAUAUUAAGUAUUUGACUAAGAAAUACUUGAAGAAGCAUAAUGUUAGAGAUUGGCUUCGGGUGAUUGCUUCCAACAAAGAUCGCAAUGUUUAUGAACUGCGCUACUUCAACAUUGCUGAACAAGAGGGCGAGGAAGAAGAUUAAACGAGCAGCUUGGGGUUUCCGAUGCUCCACUUUUUGAAUCUCUUGUUGCUGUUGGUUUGUUCUUUCAUCCCAAAGCUUUCAAAUUCCCUAGAUUUUGAGCUUGGAUUUAGCUAUCUUGUUUUAUGUUACUUUAUUUUAUAUUAUACUCCAUUCAGCAGCAAUAUAUCCCUUUUUGUUUUUUAAAAAACUAGAUCCCUUUUUGAAGAAGUGUAUUUGUGGUACA